UGUCUAUCAAUUUUAUGACGACUAUCUUGCGGUAUAGAUCGACAAAUGUGCUUCUGGUCUUGUUUGCUGUUGAUCAACCACCCACUACCGGCGCACAAGCAACCACGACACCCCUAUUCCCCGUUCCGGCAGACCUCGGAUCCCACAACACCAAGGCCCAGCGAAAGCAACAACCCGCCCAAGCUCUCUCUUACCAACUUCAUGCGUGGAUCCAAGUCCCGACGAGCAUUGUCACCCCCUCGGCAUUAUGUCAUAAGCACCGUCGGUUGCACACCGCACCGUGCGCGCGUGUCUUCUGACAGGCAAGAAACAUGAAAAGCUGGGGUAUGCUACUACUAAUUGCGCAACGGCUGUCGUUCAUUUGGCGAUUUUCCCUUGUGGGUAAUUUCCUUCAGGUUUCAUAGGAGGGUGAUCCUCGACCGGCGGCGGUCGGCAUCGACAAAUCGGGUCAUUCAUAAGACGGCCUGCUCUUGCCGAACUAGCACAGCAAAUGCGGAUGCCAUGGAAGGAUAGAAGUCUGGGGCAUGUCUUCCAUAAGGCCGCCGGUCACUGGGCUGGGUGCUUUGAUGAUCGUUGCGGAGGCGAAGUCGGGGUUUGCAUGCAACCUCAGGAUGUGUACCAUGUUCCAUGUUACUGUAAGCUGCCAUGGUCUGUGAGCGCGCAUUAGCAAGCACCGUUUCUUAGUCUGCUAGUUCAAGGUCACGAUGCUCACGUCGGGUGGAUAUUCUUCCUGCCCCAAAUUGAAAUUGCCGCAAAGGAUGAUCCGCCGA